AUGAGCUUCAACGAGCUGUAUAAGUCCAUCGAUAACAUGGACGCGAAUCGACGAGCCGGACUGCGUGCAUCGCUGCUCUCGCAAGCGAUGCAGACGCUCCCGAUCGUCGUGAUCGUGGAUGACCUAUCGAAGUACCUCGACGCGAUCAGUGCGUGGGAAGGACCAGUUAAGUUCCCGAUCCUCUACGACGACGGCACACUCGUCGCGAAGGACCACAUCGCACGAUUCGUGCGCACUUAUCGACCCGAUCAUGUGUAUCGACUCAAAGGUCAGAGCGAACAAGCGUGGGGGGGCAGCGAUCAGCAGCGCCAAGAUCGAAUCAAUGCGGCGUUCGCUGCAGCGAUACAUGAGCCGGAGUCCGACUGGAAGGUGACGCUCAAGGCUCUGAAAGAGACCGGGAUCGUGUCGCCUGGAGUGGUGAUCAUCGAUCCGAUGUAUCGACACUGGGGCGCGGGACUCGCACUCGCGGCGGGCCGUCUCCAGCCGAUCAUCUACUACAGCCAUCCAGAGCAUCCGCACGCUGAUCUCACGCCUUCACACGCACGAUCUCUGAAUCUUGGGAUCGAACAAGGACUGCGCAAGCUAGAACUCGAGUUCGAUGAGAUCGGCGACGACAUCGAUUCCAUCACACUCGCGAUCGGUGUAGGGGUCAAGAUUAAAACUGGUCCCGGCGAGCGUGACAUCCUCGCGACGACGGAUCAGAUCGGACGCACCGAAGCAUCCAUGGGCGGAUUACGCUGGGCAUGGUCCGGACAGUUCAAAGGAUCCAGCGCCACUUCGAUCUACCAAGCGAUGUGCUCGAUCUUUCUCCCGAUCGAGAGCGCCUUCAUCUGGGACGGAUAUCCAACGACAGGAGACUGGGCGCGCUACGACGGCACUGCUGCGGAAACAGUGCUCAAACAAGCGGACUUUGAGGUGGAACUCUUUGAUACGCCGCGCAACACGCUCGCGGGAUUCAAGGGGAGAGCCGCUUCCAGACCUGUCGAUGCAUCGCUGAUUUUAAUGAACUCGAAAGGCACUCCGGGGUAUUACGAUCUUCCAGGCGCGCGUGAUGGAUCAGGGAAGCCGGGAGACCUUCCGUAUUUAGCGAUGCCGAGCGCAUUGCAUAUGGUGCAUUCAUUCUCACUCGCGGCUCCGCACAACACACGCACGGUUGGGGGACGAUGGAUCGAGCGUGGGGUGUAUCUGUACGCCGGAUCGGUUGAUGAACCCUAUCUAUCCGGGUUUGUUCCGACGCCGUUUGUGGCGCAGCGAUUGCUGGCUCGGAUGCCGUUCGCAGGGGCGGUGCAUUACGACGAUGGUCAAGCGUGGAAGAUCACUGUGAUCGGAGAUCCACUCAAAACCAUUAGCCCAUGCGGCACACGAUUCACCCAAGUCCCAUCCGAGAUCUCACAAGCACUCGGACUCUCGGAGACAGAUCUAGAAGAUCGCGCCAAAGCGAAACUGAAGGAGAGCGAUUUUAACGGUGCGAUCAAUGACUUCGUGCUCGCGGGGAAAGAUGAUGCCGUGGUCCGGCUCGGCGGGGCACUACUCCGCGAUCGUCCAGAAGCGAUCGACGACGAAGGGACGAAGCUGUUGCUCCUUGCCGCGUUUCGCAAGCACGAGCACGAGUUGGUGCUUGAUGCGUUCGAGCGAUUGUCUGUCGAGGAGCGCAGCGACACGCUCGUGAUGGACACGAUGUGGCUCGCGGCAAGAUACCAACUAACCCGAUUACAAGACCCUCGAGCAAUGGCGCUCAUGCGCACGCAUCUGCGGAAAUGGCAAGAGGUCGAGGAUGCGGAAGAGCUCGCGAUGAUCAUGAAAGCGGAAUCGCGCCAAGAAGCGAUCGGAUUUAUGGAGUCGCUUCGCUCCAAAAUCGACAAUGCAUCGCAGACGAGAUUCCUAUACUCACCCAUGAUCCAGCUCGGCGUCAAUAUCGAUCAUGUCGCAACCGUCCGCAACGCUCGCUACCCGGGUCAACCUGAUCCGAUGAACAGCGGCGCUGAGCCCGAUCCAGUGCGCGCCGCGCACGAAGCGGAACUCGGCGGCGCGGACUCGAUUACGGUGCAUUUGCGUGAAGAUCGCAGGCACAUUAUGGACCGCGAUGUCCGCUUAUUGCGGAAUCUGGUGCGCGUGAAGCUGAAUCUCGAGAUGGCUGCGACGGACGAGAUGGUCGAGAUCGCGACGCAGAUCAAGCCUCACACAGCGAUGCUGGUCCCAGAGGGGCGCCAGGAGGUCACGACAGAAGGCGGCUUGGACAUCGUGGGACAACGCGAUCGGCUCAAAGAUGUCGUCGCGAAGCUCAAAGACGCGGGACUGAUUGUCAGCGCGUUCAUCGAUCCCGAAGACGCACAAGUCGAUGCGGCGUUUGAAGUUGGGUUCGAUGUCUGCGAAGUGCACACGGGUCCAUACGCCAAAGCGUUCCAUCAAUCAGGGGGAGACUUACGACAGCAAGCGCUCGUGGAAGCGAUCGAGCAUGUACGCCGCGCCGGCGAACGGAUCUCCUCCCACGGCAUGCGUUUCAACGCGGGACACGCGCUCAACUACCACAAUGUCAAUCACAUCGCGUCACUUAAAGGCAUUGACGAACUGCACAUCGGUCAUUCGAUCGUCGCGCGAGCCGUGUUUGUCGGACUGCGCGAGUUGGUUAUGAUUGAUCCCAUGCCGCGCCGCAAUUCUGCAACCAAGUCAGCGCCCGAAGAAGCCGCUGGUCCAUUCGUGGAUUCCAGUGCCGCGUUCGACUUCCUCAACUCGCGCGUCAAUCUUGAGCAGAUCCAUUCGAGCAAAGUCUCAUCGGAGUCAUUCAAGCUCGAUCGGAUGACGGCGCUCGUCGCGGCGCUCGGAGAUCCGCACCUCGCCGUCCCCGUCGUGCAUAUCGCUGGAUCGAAAGGCAAAGGAUCGACCUGCGCGAUGCUGGAGAGCUGCUUGAGAUCGAGCGGCUACACGACCGGACUCUUUACCAGCCCACACCUCACUGACGAGCGAGAGCGUGUCCGAAUCAACGGGCAAAACAUCAGCAAAGAGCUUUUCGUUGAUGCACUCGCGGUGUGCAAGGACGCCGCGCUCUCGAUCGAGAAUGACCACGGCAGAGCAACCUAUUUCGAGCUUGUUACAGCGUUAUCGUUCGUUGUUUUCGCUCAGCAAGCCGUGGACAUCGUGAUCCUGGAGACUGGAUUGGGUGGUCGUCUCGACUGCACCAAUGUGGUCAAACCGAUGGUGGUGGGGCUCACAAGCAUCCAGCUCGAACACACCGAAGUGCUUGGGGAUACGCUCGAGAAAAUCGCUCGCGAGAAAGCCGGGAUCAUGAAACCCGACGCGCCGGCGAUCACUGUUCCUCAGCAGGACGAAGUCAUCGAGGUCUUCCGCAAUCACGCGCAGGAAGUCGGAUGUCCGCUCCGCGUGCUUGGAGAGGAUUUGCUGUAUUCGUGCCGAUUCCAGUCCGCGACGAUGCGUGGUCCGCAUCCCAAGGUGUGUGUCGGAGAGGGUGAGGGAUGCUUCGAGCACAUGUCCGUCCCGUUGCUUGGUGAGCAUCAAGGCGCGAACUGUGGCUUGGCGCUCGCGAUCAUCCUUGAGCUCCGCAAGCAUGGCUUUGAUCUCCCUGAACAACAGAUUAUCGCGGGACUCGAGCACACCCCUCGCGAAGGACGACUCGAGCAGGUCAAGGCGCGCCCAAAGGUAUACAUCGAUGGAGCACAUACGGCAGAGAGCGUGCGCGAAACACUGAAUGCCGCGGCUCAACAGGUGAACUUCGACUCGCUGAUCCUGAUUUUCGGAUGCAGCAGCGACAAACGCAUCGACAACAUGCUCAAUGAGUUUGAGACGCGCGUCGAUAAGGUGAUCUUCACCAAAGCAUCCGGCAAUCCGAGAGCCGCGAACCCCGAUGAUCUGGCGCAGCGCUACACAGAACUGACGAAACGAUCGUGUGAGUCGUAUCCCGACGCGACGCAAGCGAUCCGAGCCGCGGGCAAGACGAUCGGUCCCAAUGAUCUGCUCCUGAUUAUGGGGAGUUUCUAUCUCGCCGGAGAGGUCAAAGCGCUCUUUGAAGCGAAAGCGCAAGACACCAAAUCACUCGACAGCGACGGCUCGAUCGCGGCGCUCGUCAAGGGAUCCGAUUCCUGCGCCGAUGUCGGAUCGGUCACGACCCUCUUCCCGAGCGAUGGACACCAAGCCGUGUUCGUGCUGGGAUUGGGAGACAAGUCCAGCUUCGAUGUCGCAUCGCUCCGCAACGCGGGCGGCGCACUGGGUCGAGCGAUCAGCAAGGCAGGCGUGACAAGCGUCGAGUUCGCGCUCAGCGGCGCGAUGAGCAAGCUCUCCAAGAAAGCACAGGUCAAUCCGUUCGACGCCGGCACCAUGCUCGGCGAAGGGUUCGGUCUCGUCUCGUGGAGCUACGACGACCUGCGCGGAACCGCGACCACUGUUACCAAACACCCAGCGCUCACCGUCACCGGAUCGCACGCGAAGUUCGACGACGGCUUCAAGCGCGGACUGGGGUUCGCUGAGGGAUCCAACAUCGCUCGCACACUCUCGCAGACCCCACCCAAUAUCGCGACCCCGAUGUGGAUGGCCAACGAGUGCAAGAAGCUCGCGCGCAAGAGCGGGAUGAAGUGCACCGUCAUGAGCGGCAAGAAGCUCGAAGACGAGAAAAUGACCGGGCUCAUCAAUGUUGGGAAAGCAUCGGAGAACGGGCCUUGCUUGAUCCGCAUGGAAUACACCCCAGCUCGCGGCAAGUCCAAAGCACCGAUCGUCCUCGUCGGCAAAACCAUGACCUACGACUCUGGUGGGCUCUCCAUCAAAAUCAGCGGCGGCAUGGUCGGCAUGAAACGCGACAAGGACGGCGGCUGCGGCGUCAUCGGCGCGAUGCACAUCAUCGCCAACGUCAUCAAGCCAAACCGUCCCGUCAUCGCGCUGCUCGCAGCCGCGGAGAACUCGAUCUCCGACGAGGCGUACCGACCAGACGAUGUCAUCGAGUUCCGUAACGGCGUGACGGUCGAAGUCACCAACACCGACGCGGAAGGACGCCUCGUCAUGGCCGACGCACUAUGCUGGGCAUGCGAGAAGGAAUCCCCAGAGUUUGUCGUGGACAUGGCGACAUUGACCGGCGGCGUGGUCGUCGCGCUGGGAUCACCAUUCGCGGGACUCUGGUCCAACGACGACGCGAUCGCGCAGAAGUUCAUCGACGCGGGACAGCAGACCAGCGAGCGCGUCUGGCGCUUGCCGCUUGAUCCGGAGUACUCCAAGCUGAUGAAGUCCCCAAUCGCGGACAUCCUCAACAGCGCUCCGGUCCGCGAGGCGCACCCGAUCCAGGGAGCCGCGUUCCUUGAGCACUUUGUCGAUGAAGGCGUCAAGUGGGCGCAUGUUGAUAUUGCGGGAACACACGCGACAAAGUCUGCGAAGGGACCGAUCAAUCCGGGACCGACCGGAUUUGGCGCUCGCUUGCUGGCGCAGGUUGUCGAGAACGGCUAA